UCCAGCCAGAUAGCCGGUUUCUGGUUUUCUGUUUCAUAAAUCUUAGGUCCUUCAGACUGUAGCCGUAGUUAAAUGUGUUUUUCAUGAAUGCAGUUUAUUGAAAUGUAAACAUUUCAAUUGUUGAAAUGUUUUAACUGCAUAUGUUUACCGUAUGUGGUAAAUAAAUAAUUUAUUUUCAGUCAUUAUCGCUGGCUGGCUAGCUAGCAAGCUAAAUCAUUUGAAAUUGAAUAGGCCGCCAUCUUGGAUUCGCACCCGGACAGAUUUCGCCAUGGUGGACAAGAAUAUAUACAUUGUUCAAGGAGAGAUAAGUACUGUAGUGGGUGCCAUUAAGCGGAAUUCGAGAUGGAGCACCCACACUCCUUUGGAUGAAGAGCAAGAUCCACUGCUCAACAGCUUCAGCCACCUAAAGGAGAUACUCAACAAUAUCAAAGAGCUGUCGGAUGUGGAGCCCAACGUGUUCCUGCGGCCCUUUCUGGAGGUGGUGCGCUCGGAAGACACGACCGGACCCAUCACGGGACUGGCACUCACCUCCGUCAACAAGUUCCUGUCCUACGGCCUCAUAGAUGCCAACCAUGAGGGGGCGGCAGAAGGGAUCGAGAACAUGGCCGAUGCCGUGACGCACGCCAGAUUUGUGGGGACGGACCCUGCCAGUGAUGAAGUGGUGCUCAUGAAAAUUCUGCAGGUUCUGAGGACACUGCUGCUUACGCCUGUGGGAGCUCAUCUGACCAACGAGUCGGUGUGCGAGAUCAUGCAGUCCUGCUUCCGCAUCUGCUUCGAGAUGAGGCUGAGCGAGCUCCUGCGGAAGUCUGCCGAACACACGCUGGUGGACAUGGUGCAGCUGCUGUUCUCCAGGUUGCCACAGUUUAAAGAGGAGGCUAAAAGCUUUGUCGGGACCAACAUGAAGAAGAUCCCAUCUUGUGUCCUGGACAGACAGGAACUUAUUUGUGCAGAGCAGCCUAAAAACACCAGUCAGAGGGGCUUAGAGAGGCUGAAGAUGCGCGCGGGAGGGAUGAGCGAGUCCUCCAAGUGGAAGAAGCAGAAGCGCUCGCCCCGCCCCCCUCGUCACAUGGUCCGCAGCCCCUCGGGCCUGACUGAGCCGACCCAGCCCGCCACCCUCAGCAACAACCUCUCAGGUGGCGUCCCGUUCAUCGAGCAGCAGUCCGGCGGGGGCUCCCCGGGCCUGCCCGUGUCCGACAGCGCCGCCUCCUCCAUCUCCAGCCCCACCACCGACAGCGGCCUGGAGGCGUCCUCCAAGGCCACCUCCAAGGAGGACCUGACCGACCUGGACCCCAGCAGCUCCGCCGCCACCACCCCCGGCACCACGCCCGCCGGCGAACUGGGCGGACUGGGCACGCAGUCUGAAGGAAGGCAGGUGGAGCGAGCUCAAUCCGCCUCUGUGGAGUCCAUUCCAGAGGUGCUGGAGGACAGGGACUCCGUGGCGGAGCAGUCAGACACAGCCUCCAUACACGACAUGGACUAUGUCAAUCCCAGAGGAGUGCGGUUCACGCAGUCCACUCAGAAAGACGGUGCAGCUCUGAUACCGUACGGCUUGCCCUGCCUCCGUGAGCUCUUCCGCUUCCUCAUCUCGCUCACCAACCCGCACGACCGCCACAACUCGGACGUGAUGAUGCACAUGGGGCUGCAGCUGCUGACGGCGGCGCUGGAGUCCGCUCACAUCGCCCCCUACCAGUCGCUGCUGGGCCUGGUCAAAGACGAGCUCUGCAGGCACCUCUUCCAGUUACUAAGUGUGGAUCGUAUGAAUUUGUAUGCUGCUUCGAUACGAGUCUGCUUCUUGCUUUUUGAGAGCAUGCGAGUGCAUCUAAAAUUUCAGCUUGAGAUGUAUCUAAAGAAGCUGAUGGACAUUAUUACCUCUGAAAAUGCCAAAAUGCCCUACGAGAUGAAGGAGAUGGCCCUGGAGGCAAUCGUGCAGCUGUGGAGAAUCCCCAGCUUCGUCACAGAGCUCUACAUUAACUACGACUGUGAUUACUACUGCUCCAACCUGUUCGAGGACCUCACCAAACUGCUUUCCAAGAACGCCUUCCCUGUGUCUGGGCAGCUGUACACCACCCACCUCCUCUCACUGGAGGCCCUGCUCACAGUGAUUGACAGCACCGAGGCCCACUGCCAGGCUAAAGUGCUAAACAACACUGCGCAGCAGGACCAAUCAGAGACAGUCGCGGUGGAAGGGGAGGGCACAGUCAACAGCAGCAGCACAGACACUCCCAGUGAAGCUGAUAGGCUGGCAAACAUCACCAGUGUUCAGAACGGGCCAGAGUCAGAGGGGGUGCCACUCUGCCCCCCUGCCAGCGGGCACCUGAUGGCGGAGAAGAUGAGGCUGGGGCGGCAGGAGCAGGAGGAGACUGACUCAGCCGAGAAGAAAGUACCAUCAAAGCCUCAGCGCUUCUCUUGCUGUUUACCGGAUUCUCAGGAACUCUUAGAGAUCAAAAACAAAAAGAAGCUGCUGAUCACGGGCACGGAGCAGUUCAACCAAAAGCCCAAGAAGGGCAUUCAGUUCCUGCAGGAGAAGGGCCUGCUAAGCAGCCCCAUGGACAACAACGAGGUGGCCCAGUGGCUGCGGGAGAACCCCUGGCUGGACAAGAAGAUGAUCGGAGAGUUCGUGAGCGACCGCAAGAACAUGGAGCUCCUGGACAGCUUCGUCAACACGUUCACCUUCCAAGGCCUGCGCAUCGACGAGGCCUUGCGCCUUUACUUGGAAGCAUUCCGCCUGCCGGGCGAGGCCCCAGUCAUCCAGAGACUCCUGGAGACCUUCACUGACAACUGGCAUAAAGUCAACGGCUCUCCCUUCAUGACGAAUGACGCGGGCUUCGCCCUGGCCUACGCCGUCAUCAUGCUGAACACCGACCAGCACAACCACAACGUACGCAAGCAGAACAUCCCCAUGACGGUGGAGCAAUUCAAGAAGAAUCUGAAAGGCGUGAAUGGGUCGAAAGACUUUGAUCAGGACAUGCUGGAAGAUAUCUACAACGCAAUCAAGAACGAGGAGAUCGUGAUGCCGGAGGAGCAGACGGGCCUGGUGAAGGAGAACUACAUGUGGAGCGUGCUGCUGCACCGGGGGGCCACGCCCGAGGGUAUCUUCCUGCACGUGCCGGCGGGCAGCUACGACCACGACCUCUUCACCAUGACCUGGGGCCCCACCAUCGCCGCCCUCUCUUACGUCUUCGACAAGAGCCUGGACGACACCAUCAUCCAGAAAGCCAUCGCCGGUUUCAGGAAAUGUGCAAUGAUAUCAGCACAUUAUGGAUUCAGUGAUGUGUUUGAUAAUUUAAUCAUUUCUCUCUGCAAGUUUACAACGCUAAGCAGUGAGUCUGUGGAGAACCUCCCCACUGUGUUUGGGGGUAACAGCAAGGCCCAGGUGGCCGCCAAGACGGUGUUCAACCUGGCCCACCGGCACGGCGACAUCCUGAGGGAGGGCUGGAAGAACAUCAUGGACUCCAUGCUGCAGCUUUUCCGGGCGGAGCUCCUGCCCAAGGCCAUGGUGGAGGUUGAGGACUUUGUGGAGCCCAGUGGGAGAAUAUCCCUCCAGAGGGAAGAGACUCCUUCAAACCGUGGGGAGUCGGCGGUGCUGAGCUUUGUGAAUUGGCUGACACUGAGCGGAGCUGAGCAGUCAGGACUCAGAGGGCCUUCCACCGAAAACCAGGAGGCGAAGCAGGCAGCCAUGCUGUGUAUCAAGCAAUGCGACCCGGAGAAGCUGAUUACAGAGAGUAAAUUCCUGCAGCUGGAGUCUCUGCAGGAGCUGAUGAAGGCUCUCAUCUCCGUGACUCCGGACGAGGAGACCUACGACGAGGAGGAUGCCGCAUUCUGCCUGGAGAUGCUGCUGCGCAUUGUGCUGGAGAACAGGGACCGCGUCUCUUGCGUGUGGCAGACGGUGCGCGACCACCUGUGCCACCUGUGCGUGCACGCCACGGAGAGCUGCUUCCUGGUGGAGAGGGCGGUGGUGGGGCUGCUGCGGCUGGCCAUCCGCCUGCUCCGCAGAGAGGACAUCAGCUCGCAGGUCCUGCACUCCCUUCGGCUCCUGCUGAUGAUGAAGCCCCACGUGCUGUGCCGGGUCAGCCGGGAGGUGGCGUACGGCCUGCACGAGCUGCUCAAGACCAACGCCGCCAACAUCCACUGCAGCGACGACUGGUUCACCCUCUUCUCCCUGCUGGAGUGCAUCGGGGCAGGGGUGAAGCCCCCGGCCUCCCUGCAGGUCACCGCUGGCCAGGACAAUGACACCGGUGCCCAGUCGGACAGCGAGCUGUCGUCCUACCACCCCAGCGAGGUCAGCCUGGACCGUGGCUACACCUCGGACUCGGAGGUCUACACCGAGCAUGGCAAGUCCAGGAUGCCGCGCUCCGUCACAGACGUGGACGUGGCCAACAGCGGGUGGCUGGUGGUUGGGAAAGACGACCUGGAUGCCAGCAAGCCGGCGCCCCCAGGCACCAAACCGCCGACCCCCCCUCUCAUCAACCAGUACAGCCUGACCCUGGGCCAGGACAUGGGCCAACACGACACCAAGUCCCUCAUCAAGUGUGUGGAGUCCCUGUCCUUCAUCGUGCGCGACGCCGCCCACGUCACGCCUGAGAACUUCGAGCUGUGCGUCAGGACCAUCCGCGUCUUUGUGGAGGCCAGCCUGAACGGAGGCUACAGGAGCCACGAGAAGAAGAAGAGCCACAAGUAUGACUCCAAGGCGAACCGGCUGAGGAAGAAGCCGAGGGAGAAGGAGGGGGUGGCGCGGCGGGCCAAGGCGUCCAGCCAGCGCCCCUCCCGCUCCCACAGCGACGAGGAGGAGGACGAGGGGGUCCCCGCCAGCUACCACACGGUGUCAUUACAGGUUAGUCAGGACCUGCUAGACCUGAUGCACACCCUGCACACACGCGCCGCCAGCAUCUAUAGCUCCUGGGCUGAGGAGCAGCGCCACCUGGAGGCCGCAGGCAAGAAGAUCGAGGCCGACUCCCAGACGCUGUGGUCGAGCUGCUGGUGUCCGCUGCUACAAGGGAUUGCCUGGCUCUGCUGCGAUGCCCGGCGGCAGGUGCGCAUGCAGGCGCUCACCUACCUCCAGAGGGCGCUGUUGGUCCAUGACCUUCAGACACUGGACGCUGUGGAGUGGGAGUCUUGUUUCAACAAGGUGCUGUUCCCUCUGCUCACCAAGCUUCUGGACAACAUCAGCCCUGCGGACGUGGGCGGCAUGGAGGAGACCAGGAUGAGGGCCUGCACCCUGCUGUCGAAGGUGUUUCUGCAGCACCUGUCCCCGCUCUUGUCCCUGCCCACGUUCGCAGCCCUCUGGCUCACCAUCCUGGACUUCAUGGAUAAGUACAUGCACGCUGGCUCCAGCGACCUGCUGCUGGAAGCUAUCCCAGAGUCCCUGAAGAACAUGCUGCUGGUGAUGGACACGGCAGGUAUCUUCCACAGUGCCGACUCGCGCACGGGCUACUCCGACCUGUGGGAGAUCACUUGGGAGCGCAUCGACUGCUUCCUGCCCCACCUGCGUGAAGAGCUCUUCAAGCAGGCUGUCAUGCCAGAGCCUGUUUCAGCGAGCGCUCCGGCAGAGAGCAGCCAGCCCCCCGCCCCCUGCGCCCCCUGCGCCCCAGCCCCCGCACCCUCUGCCCCCGCCGAGCCAAAAGCCCCCAGCAGACCCGAGUCACCCCAGGAGCCCCCUCCGCCCAGUGCCAACGGAACGGACAGGUCAUCUCCAGUGCCCCCCUCCACACCACCCGUGCCCACCCCUGUGAAGAUGAGCCCCGGUGACACCCCUCAUGCCAUGAGCCAGUCUCCCCUCAUCCUGCAGCCGCUGGCCUCGCCGCUGCAGGUGGGCGUCCCGCCCAUGUCCCUGCCCAUCAUCCUCAACCCUGCCCUCAUCGAGGCCACCUCCCCAGUACCCCUCCUGCCCGCCUCCCGGCCCACCGACCCCGCCGACGCCUCCGAGGUCAAAUAGAGCGACAGAGCCGCCCGCUUCCCCGUGGGAAGGAGACCAGAGCACCAAAAAGAAUCAGUCCAGCCUCUGCCCCCCCCCCCC